UGUGUAUACUUAUACCUUACAUCUCAGUAUAUUUUUAAUUGUAUUUGUUGGUGACAACACUCAUUUAUAGUGUAAGCCUAGGCUAGGCUAGGCCAUGAAUGAGACUUACCGGUAGUCAUGGAUAUGCCUGGGCUUAGGCUAGCUAGGUUACUAUUUUCAGUCGGCGUUCAGUGUCUACUGCCACGUGUCUGGCAGGUGAUUUGCGGUGAAAGGAAGUGAUCAAGGAUGGCUUCCAUUAACUUAUUAAACUUAAAUAGAGAUGUAUUGUUCUUAAUCUUGUCCUAUUUAUCUGUGAAUGACCUUGGAAGACUUGCGCAAGUCUGUCGCCAACUUCAUAAUUUUUGCAACCAAGAUGCAGUUUGGAGAAAUGAUUAUAAGAAGAGACUUCUUGCGUCAUGUUCUCGAAACCAAGAAAACUUUCCAAGUUUGAAUCUGAAGGAAAUAUGUAGAGUUUCAAGAAACUGGGAAAAUGGAUUGAUGACAGAUAGGCAACUAAUGAAGUUCAAAUCACAGUUGAUGCCAUGGUUACAGCUACAAAAUGAGCACCUGUAUAUGAGUCAUGGAGCAAGUCUUCGUUGUUACCACAUAAGGAAGAACGGUAGUCUUUCUAGGCACCCUCUCCUCAUAUGCAACAAACACACCUAUGAUAUAUGUCACUUUGUUGUAAAUGAUGGUUAUAUUGUCACAGGUGGAAGGGACCACCAAAUAAACAUAUGGAAGCUGACCAGAGGGCCAAAUGUCCAGUUUAUCCGCAGUUUAAUAGGUCAUUCAUGCAAAGUUAGUUGCAUUGAUUCACAGGAUGGCCUGGUCCUAUCAGGCUCUGCUGACCACUCAUGGAGGUUGUGGUCAAUGGAUCGGGACGAAUGCUUACUGGAAAGUGAGAUGCCAGAUCGACUGCUAUCAGUAGCUAUUAAUCCAUGGGACAAAAACAUGAUUACAGGUACAUCAUGUGUUAAUGACCGCAAACCAUUAGAUAUCUGGAAUACCGAAAAUGGUAAACAUAUGGUAACACUCGGCAGCAACUUCCAGAAGGGUGCUGGUGUUCUAGACGUUCAGUUUGAGGACCCUCACACUGCCCUCUCUUGUGGAUACGACACUUACUUAAGAAUCUGGGAUACAAGGGCUAGUCGAUCAUGUGUCAGGGCAUAUGAGGAAAUGGACGACAACGCUCUUUAUUGUCUGCGUAGUAAUGGUGGUUAUCUGAUAGCGACAGGCUCCAGUCGAUUUGGUGUUGUCAGACUGUGGGACAAACGUAUGACUAAAUGCAUACAUAAAUUUUAUGUUGGCGGCAACAAAAGUGGAUCAGUUUAUUCUUUGCAAUUCAACCUAAAGCAUCUCUAUGUGAGCUUGGCACAUUCCAUUCAAACUCUGGACUUCUGCUGAUAUUCGAUGCAUGGUAGAUGAACAUUUAGAAAUUGAUUUCCUUGUGUUUAUGGUAAAAGUGCAAUCUAUAAAUUUUAUGUGCAGUUAGUAAAAAGGAACUGUUGUGUGAAAGAAUGAAAAUGCUGUGAGAAUUCCUGUGAGUCCUGUAUCACCAGGAAUCCUGUCAUCAAUAUGUAUCCUACCUCUACAAAAUAUCCUGCCACCACAAUGAUUCCAUCACAAUGACUCUGGUACCAUGGUGGAUUCUGGCAUCACCAUGAGUCCUGCCAUCAUGAUGUGUUCUACCACCACAAAGGAUCAUGCCACCACAAUGAUUUGUGCCAUCACAAUGGUUCUGGCACCAUGAUGGAUCAUGGCAUCACCAUGAGUCUUGCCAUCAUGAUGUGUUCUGCCACCACCACAAAUGAUCCUGCUACAAAAACGAGUCCUGCCAUCAUGAUGAAUUUUACUCCCACAAAGGUCAUGUCAUCGCCAUGAGUCCUGCCUAUCAUGAUGGGUUCUACCACCACAAAGGAUCGUACCACCACAAUGAGUCCUGCCAUCAUAAUGGGGUCUACCGCCACAAAAAGAUCCUGCCAUCACCAUUGGCUCUGCUGCCAUUGAUGUCUGGCUGUUCACUGUAAAAGAAGAAGAAAAUACCUUGCAACUUUCAAAUCUACAAAAGGUUAUCAAGGUAUCCUUUGUUUCAACAAUAAUAAAAAUAAACAGAGCACAUUGUAGUUAAGUAAUGAAAAAUAAAUGAAUCCAAGUAAAAUAAAGCAAUAAACUUUAACAAAUUUAGAAAUUGAAACUCUUGAAAACCACUUUUAGCACUUAACUUAAUUUACGUAUCAAAAGUAUGCAAGAAAAGUUUUAAAUAAAAAUAAAAAGUUAACUAGUUUUUCUUAUAUUAUUUCAAAAUUCAUUGUAAUGUCCAUAAAAAAAAGUAUUGCAGAGUAGAGUAGAUGAUUUUAUCGUUGAUAUGCCCGACCCGCAUAUAGGGUUCUGUAGCGGGAGCGUACCUGCUUCGUUUAGGCAUGAGCCAGUACUAAUUGUAACAGAAAUAUUACGAUAAUAUUACAAGGGUCUGAAGUGCAUAUCGCAGGCAGGUUGGCAUUGUAGUACUCUAUUAUAUUUUCAACAAACAUACACACAACCUUCGAUACGGGCAUGUGUAGUUCAACUAUGAAUUGGCUUAUUGUGACAAGUUUGUAAUUCAUUUAUAGAUAUAUAUUUUAUUAAUGUUAUUCCUUAAAUAGUUGCAAGUGCAAAAGUAAAUGAAAUUUAAUCAGGGAUUACAGAUAUAGGUCACUUUCAAAAUAUAUUUUUCCAAGUUGUGAAGUGUAUUAUGCAGUUAAAAUUCAGAUAAAUAAAAUUAUUUAUUUUUGAGAUAUAUCUUAUUAACAGAAAAACAUCCAUUUUGGUGUUGUGAUAUUUAUUUCAUCGACAUUUUAAGAAUUAGAUUUUUACGUCAUUGAUCAGUAAUUUGAUUGAAUAUGGUCAUAAUUUACAGUACUGUAAUAGUAAUAACCUUCAUCCAACUUUCAUUUGUCUAUUGUCAUGGACUACUGUACCUCUAUCGAAGAUGUAUAGUCAGUUUAGAACUAAUAAAAUUGAACUAAAAUUAUUAUAAGUGCUCACUUUAACAUAGCCAAUUUUGAUUGUGUAAAUGGUUUACUGAAUAAAAUGAAUAAAUAAUUGACGUUUGUAUUUUGCCCCGUGUUAAGAAUAGAAAA